AUGCUCAAGACAAGAGAAGAACAAGUUAUUCUCAUUCAUGUACUGUAUUUAUCAUUUCCAGAUCAAAAUGGUUCUGUCAAUGUACAAACUGUGAGGGAAAACGAGACAGCAAGUUCUCUUGCUAAUCGAGAUGGGGAGACUUGCCUCAAAACACCGGAGAUUCAAAAUGUUAUGCCAAAUGACUAUUUGGUCAGGGAUCAGGAAAAUAAGACUAGCAAUGGUGAUACCCACUCUGGUGAUGCUGAGAUACAUAAAGGAGUGCCAAUGUCUCCUAGAACACUUUCAUUGCUGUGUGAUGAGAAAGAUAUGUCGUUCAUGCCAGAUGAUUCCUCAGACCAGAUAAAGAACCAUGUCUCCAACACAGAUGUCUAUGCAGAGCAGGAAAGUCUUGUGUUGGUAAAAUUCCAGAAUUGUCUUAACAGGCUCAUCACACGUGGAAAUAUGAAAGAAACAGAAUGCUUUUUGUCAGCUUUUAGCAUCCUUGCAUCGUCGGCUUUGUGA